AAUCAGGGCAGAGGCCAGGGACUCCUGGAAGAAAGACAGGUGAAGGCUGGAGCAACUAGGGCAAGGAAGGCAUGGAAUGCAUGAAGUUCUCGAACCAGGAGGGGUUGGGCUUCAGUGAAGGAGGGUCCCAGAAAAGGUGCAAAAAGGGACAAGAGGGACAGUGGAGGGGAUGAUAGGGGGCUGGAUCUGGGGGUGCUUCCCUCCUGCCCUCUUUCUAGUGGUGACAGGAGCCACCAACGCCAUCAGCAAGGCUUAUGCACAUGAGCUCGCCGGGAGAGGUCUGAACAUCGUCCUCAUCAGUCGAGACCUGAGCAAGUUGGAGCACGAGGCAAAGGCGAUAGAGAGGCUUCAUGGCAAAAGCACACGAGUCAUCCAGGUGGAUUUCACCGGAGGCUUGGAGAUCUACAAGGCCAUUGCGGCAGGACUGAAGGACCUGGAGAUCGGAGUACUGAUAAACAGUGUGGGCAAGCAAUACGCACCUGGCUUGAGGAAACUGAUCGACUGUGAGGACUUCGCCAAAUGACUAGGAUCGUCCUGCCCCAAAUGGUCACCAGGUAAGGCGCAGUCUCUUUGUCUUUCACUCGGGAUCUUCCCUCAUCCAACCUCCGGGCUUUUUCCAUUCCCCAGCUGUCCCACCCACAUUUCCAGUUCUUCCCUGUCUCUCUGAUCUUUCUCAAAUUAGGACAGCGACUAAGGGGUGGAGGAGGGGAAAUCACUGGGACCCUCUGUUCCCUGGCAAUGACUACCUUCCAAAUGAUGCUUCCUCCUCCAGGGGCAAAGGUAUCCUCAUCAACAUAUCUUCAGUAACCGACAGCCACCAAGGUACCCAGACCCACAGAUCAGGCCAGGGCUGGCUGCCAUGCUGGCAUUCCUGCAGUAGCCCUUAAUUCCGGCACUGAAGGUUAUGGUGGGAAAGGCUUGCCUGCAUGUGUGUGAUGUGCCACCUGAGUCUGAGGCUAAUAAUAGUUCAGACAGACAUCUGGGGCACAGUCCAGUGGACAAGCCAGGUUUUUCGUUCGUUUUUUAAGAGAAACAGAGGCUAGGGGUCAAGAGAACCCAUGAGGUGGGAGAAAGGGAAUUCAGAGACUGGCCCGGCUGGAACGGAGAGUGAGUGUAUGGGAACAGAGGGAGGGCUUAGAGCAAGGAAGCUUUCAGGCGUUACGGUGAGAACUUGGGCCGUGAGGGAGGGGCCCCUCCUGGCGGUAGAGUGUUCUAGGAUCAGGGACGGCGCUGGGGCAAGGGCGGGCUGGAGGAGUUUGCACGGGGAAAGCUCUUGGCCCUGGGACGCUCCCUCCCUCUCCUUCUCCGCAGGCUUUUGUGCGAAGUUUCUCCGUGGCAGUGGGCGCAGAGUACCACUCCGAGGGGGUCACUGUGCAGGUGCCUGACUCCGCGGGGACUUAGCUCAAAAGGGACAGCAGUGGCAGCUGAGAAGGGGAGGGCUCUGAGGGGGGAGGAGCUUAGAGACAGCUGAAGGUCUUAGGAGCAGGGGCGGGGUGGGGAUGGGGUCGGGGGGUGCGUCUGAGAGAGGACCGAGACUCAGACUCGGAAGAGCUUCAGUGGAUGUAAAUCAACUAUACUUCAAUAAAAUAGAACGGAAGGAGGGAAGGGAGGAAGGAAGGAAGGAAGGAAGGAAGGACCUUAAAAAAAAAAGAAUAAGAUGAGCUACCUUGGAGCCACGAUCGGAAGCGGUGGGUUCUCGAGGGGGCGUGGCCUCGAAGGCGUGGCCGGGGCGUGUCUGGGGCGUGGUCGGCAAGAGAAGUGGGACUCAGGGAUUCUCGGAGGGGGCCUGGGAGCUUAGGCUUAGGGGGAGGGGAGUUCUUUUUCUUGACCCCCUUCCUGCCUGCAAACAGUAAGCCCCUUUUUGGUUGAAACAAAUCCCUUGAAAAGCGGGCUGCUCGUGGUAAGUCCCGAGGACUUCGCUUGGCAGGCGUUGGACACACUUGGCCUCACCUCCCAAACCCCUGAGUGCCUCCGCCACGCUGUGCAGGUGCUUUCCUGGGGCAAUCCUAGGCAGAGAGCUGGAUGCGACAGUCCCUGGCCCGGGUCCACUAGCCCUCAGAAAGGGGGAGACGUCCAGAGAAGGGGCGGGCCCCCACCCCGGGCUGGGGAGCCAGGAGAGGAGAUGGGGGACUCAAGAAUGGGGGGACGUCUUGAUCCUUGGUACCUCUCCUUCCCAGGGUUUCCUGCUGACCAUCUUCCUGCCCAGUUGGUUUUUUCUCAGUCGCUGGGGAUUAAAGCUUUUAUCUCUGUUGGUGAGCUGGAAUAGGGCACGGUUUCUUCGUCACAGAACUUGACUGAAGGCCUUGAAGAGGCGUGGCCACAUGUCCGUCGUUCCCCACCCCCACCCCCGCCCCCUCCAGAAUCCUAGGCCAGGGCUGUAGUUAGCAAAGACUUCCCACACAUCGAGACAGAUGGACAAGCAGACCAAUGGAACGUAGUUGGACCCCCGAACACCCAGAAAUUUACUAACAACUGCAGCAUCUCAAAUCUCUGGCAGAAAGAUGGAGUUUUUAAUAUGUGGCGCUGAGACUACAUAGACAUUUGGAGAAAAACAAGCAAACAGAUAUAUACAUACAUAGAUACGUACAUAUAUAGACUGUAGCGAUGAUGGCUGCACGACUUUGUGAAAUACUAAAACCCACUAAAUUGUACACAUUAAAAGUUAAUUUUAUGGUAUGUGAAUUAAAUCUUAAUUUAAAAAUCUCAAUAAAAAUAUUUUAAAAAUAGAGACUCCCUGUGUGUGUGUGUGUCUGUGUGUCUGUGUGUCUGUGUGUAUACAUAUAUGUAUAAAAUUGGAUCCAGUCCUCACACCAUGUACCGGCAUAAACUGCAGAUGAAUCAGAAAUCCCUAAAUCCCUGUGUAAAAAUAGAAACACAACAACUAGAAGAAUCCACGAAUGAAUUUCUUUCCAUCUUGGGAGUGGAAGAAUCUUUCUUAUUAAUACUGAAAAUUAAAAGCAGCAAAAAAAGCCAAAACCAAAACCAAACAAAAAAACACUAACAAACAUUGAACUGUAGUUAAUGAUAUGCAGGCUGAAUUAUUUAGGAAAAGUGCACUGAUGUCAGCAACUUACUUUGAAAUGCAUUUAAAAGUUAGACAGAGUGAGUAGAAAUAUGGUUAGACAAGUAUGGUAAAAUGUUAGUAGAAUCUAAGCGGUAAACACAUGUACACCUCUUUCAACUUUCCUGUAUAUUUGAAGUUUUUCAUAAUAAAAUGCUGGGAGAGGGACUUCCCUGGUGGUCCAGCGGUAAAGAAUCCGCCUUCCGAUACAGGGGACGCCGGUUCGA